AAUGCUUGGAAAACCCUCUGCGAGAAGAGAGAGAGCCAUAUCUCGCGUUUCCGCGGAAUCAGACAAAAGUGUAGGCAAAAAUCUUAUUUAAUUUCGUCGCAUCGUGCCGUGCGGUUAGAGAUUUCGUGCCGUGUCGUGUUCGUACUUUUUGCCAAAGCGAAAAGACAACCCCUGGUAGUAAGUGUGUUGGCGUGCACUUUUUCGGGGGGCGCCCAGCAAGCAAGUGCUGCGCCUACAUUAGCAGAUUUCCACAGAUCCGUGUGCUUCCCCCAGUGUGCCGCCCCACGACCUACGGCAGACCACAAGUGAAGUUUAUCCAAAAGUGACAUUCGCUGUAAAGGAGUGGUGCAGAAAGGAAAGGCCGUAUUUUUGUGUAGCGAAGAUAAACCCGUUCCGAGGAGGUGCAAAAUGUUGAUCAAAGAAUUUCGAGUUACGCUGCCAUUGACGGUCGAAGAGUACCAAGUAGCACAGCUGUACUGCGUGGCGGAAGUGUCUAAAAACGAAACCGGUGGCGGGGAAGGUAUUGAGGUGCUGAAAAAUGAACCCUUUGACAACUAUCCACUACUCGGUGGAAAGUACAAUUCCGGCCAGUAUACGUACAAAAUCUAUCAUUUAGCCUCGAAGGUACCGGCCUUCAUCCGGCUGCUCGCACCCAAGGGAUCGCUAGAAGUGCACGAGGAAGCCUGGAAUGCAUAUCCGUACUGCCGGACAGUCAUAACCAAUCCCGGCUACAUGAAGGAUAAUUUCAUCAUCUGUAUCGAAUCAUUACACGUCGCCGACGCCGGCGAUCAACCUAAUGCCCAUGAGUUGACGCCGGAAAAGCUAAAGCAGCGCGACGUGGUGCACAUCGACAUUGCAAACGAUCCCGUCUCGCAGACGGAUUACAGAGAGACGGAGGAUCCCACGAAGUUCAAGUCGAAGAAAACUGGCCGUGGCCCGCUGGUCGGCCCGGACUGGAAGAAGAGCGUGUCGCCGGUAAUGACCUGCUAUAAGCUGGUCACCUGCGAGUUUAAAUGGUUCGGGCUGCAGUCCAGAAUAGAGAACUUCAUCCAGAAGUCGGAGCGGAGACUGUUCACCAUAUUCCACCGGCAAGUGUUCUGCUGGAUGGACAGCUGGCACGGACUGACGAUGCAGGACAUCCGUGAGCUGGAGGACAAAACCAAAGAGGAGCUGGACAAACAGCGCCAUGUCGGUGAGGUGCGCGGUAUGCGUGCCGAAAGUGACUAGAUCAUCCCCUUGCUUUCCUCCCCCCCCCACGGGUACCGAUCAACCGUUUGCUAUAAGCUGUGAGCAGAAAACAAUGAAGAAAACAACCGAACCGGGCGUAGGAAUGUGUUGGCUUGGCGAAUGCGAUGUUUGGGGUGUCCACCAUUAGUCCCCAUGCUAAUUCUCCUUCCGAGCCGUGCGGGGCCUGUGUGCUCCGUUAUGAGGGGGAUAUUUUUUCGGAAGGGCGUCCGAUAAAACGGAAUCGAAGCUGGGGAUAUAUAGGAGGAGGAGCAGGAGUUUGUUUAUUAUUAUUAUUUUUUCAGUUUUUGCUCGGUUUUUGUCGUAAGCUUUGUUUUGAUUUAUCUUUUUGUUUCGUUUUUCUUCAUCUCUUUUUAACCGGCAAAGCAAACGCGUAUUUGGUGGAAAAGAGACAGAGCGAAAAGAAGAUAGAAAAGUGUAAGAAGAAGUGACAGGGUUAAACGGGAAGUAUAAUUAUGGUGGUGUUAUAAAUGCAAAUAGGCAACACGGGACAAAAACAUAAA